AUGAAUCCGGAUGAUGCAGACAAUCCACCAGCACCAAACAUUUUCUCUAUAAUGGAUCUGCAGGAUCAGAGGAUUGAGCAAUUGGCACUUAAAGGUCACAGAAGGGGUGAUGGACAUCAACAAGCUCAUACAGAAAAGAAACCAUAUUCAUGCUCAGAAUGUGGGAAAUGUUUUACUGUGAAAUCAAGUCUUUGUAAGCAUAAACAAACUCACACAGGAAAGAAACCAUAUUCAUGCUCAGAAUGUGGGAAAUGUUUUACUUAUAAAUCAGAACUUGUAAGACAUCAAAGAACUCACACAGGGGAGAAACCAUUUUCAUGUUUAGAAUGUGGAAAAUGCUUUACUGAUAAAUCAAGUCUUGUUCAUCAUCAAAGAACUCACACAGGAGAGAAGCCAUUUUUAUGUUCAGAAUGUGGAAAAUGUUUUACUUUGAAGUCACGUCUUGUUAAACAUCAAAGAACUCACACAGGGGAGAAACCAUUUUCAUGUGCAGAAUGUGGGAAAUGUUUUACUAAUCAAUCAAGUCUCUUUCCACAUCGGAGAACUCACACAGGGGAGAAGCCAUUUUCAUGUGUAGAAUGUGGGAAAUGCUUUACUGAUAAAUCAAGUCUUGUUCAACAUCAAAGAACUCACACAGGGGAGAAACCAUUUUCAUGUUCAGAAUGUGGAAAAUGUUUUCCUGAUAAAUCAAGUCUUGUUAAACAUCAAACAACUCACACAGGAGAGAAGCCAUUUGUAUGUUCAGAAUGUGGAAAAUGUUUUACUUUGAAGUCACGUCUUGUUAAUCAUCAAAGAACUCACACAGGGGAGAAACCAUUUUCAUGUGCAGAAUGUGGGAAAUGUUUUACUAAUAAAUCAAAUCUCUUUGAACAUCAGAGAACUCACACAGGGGAGAAGCCAUUUUCAUGUACAGAAUGUGGGAAAUGUUUUACUCAUAAAUCAAGUCUUGUUCAACAUCAAAGAACUCACACAGGAAAGAAGCCAUUUUCAUGUUCAAAAUGUGGAAAUUGUUAUACUGAGAAGUCAAGUCUUGUUAAACAUAAACGAACUCACACUGGGGAGAAGCCAUUUUCAUGUUCAGAAUGUGGAAAAUGUUUUAUUGAUAAAUCAAGUCUUGUUAAACAUGAAAGAACUCACAGAGGGGAGAAGCCAUUUUCCUGCUCAGAAUGUGGGAAAUGUUUUACUGACCAAUCAGGUCUUGUUAAACAUAAACGAACUCACACAGGAGAGAAGCCAUUUUCAUGUUUAGAAUGUGGGAAAUGUUUUACUCAGAAAUCAACUCUUCUUCAACAUCAAAGAACUCACACAGGGGAGAAGCCAUUUUCAUGCUCUGAAUGUGGAAAAGGUUUUACUCAGCAAUCACAUCUUGUUGAACAUCAAAGAACUCACACAGGAGAGAAGCCAAUUCGGAGCAAUAAAUGAUGCAGAUAUCACAUCUAUAUAUUAUCCAUGUACAUAGGAUAUCUGACAUUUAUACAUAUAUCAUAUACUGCAUCUCCAAACUUGUU